AAGCCAAGAUAGCAGGUAGCUAUGAAGACGUCACGAGGAAAGGGGAUUCUGGGAUGUAUUUUCGUCAAAGCGGGAAAGAAGAAACUGCAAUGAAGUUUGUAAAGUGUUGAUCUAAAACAUCCUGAAAUUAAUUUUUUCAAUGAGCUUCACUUAAAAUGAAACCAAGAGGUAUUCCGAGGCAAAGCAAAACAAAGUUUCAUGAAUCGCAUGCAGAUGAUGGUCAGUGCAAGGAGACUUUGGAAAGCCGCCUUAAACCUGUGACAGAAACGAACCCCUUACAAAACAAGCCGCUCAUUGGGAAAGGUUUUUAUUUGGAUUUACCUUUCAAUAAAAAAACAGAAACCUUGGAGAAGGACAUCAAGAUCCUGGGAGGAACAGUCGAGAAAUUCUUCAGCAAGGACAUAAAGUACCUGGUGUCGAACCAGAGGGAGGCCAGGUAUGUCCAGAGCCUGGGGCGAAACUCGCCCAUUCCCAGCCCCGCCGACUCGGGCCACAGUUCCCCUCACCCCGGCAGCCGGAGAGGAAGCCAGAAAGGCAGCUCGCAGGGCCCCCUGGAUGCUGUGAUCACAAGUCGAGGCAAAUCGUUAGUAGAAAAAGUGAUAAAGGAGCAGGAACGGAUCCAAAUCAACAGAAUCUUGUCCAAUGCUCUGGAGUGGGGAAUAAAAAUCCUUUACAUUGACGAUGUAAUAUCCUAUAUUGAAAAGAAGAAAAGUGUUGUCACCUCACUGCAACAGAAUAAUACAUCAGUUCCCGUUGUCAACAAAGUGGCUAAAACUAGAACAACAGAAAAACCUGCUUUUCAGAAAUAUGAUGCUGGACGAAUCAGUAAGCCGUUUGUAAAGGUAGAAGAUUGUAGCAGGCACUACAGGCCAAUCUACCUUCACAUACCACACGUUCCUCAGUUGAGCUUGGCGUCUGUACCUCCCUGCAGUCCAUUUCUUAUAGUAGAGAGUGGGAAAGCGAGUCCUGGAAAGAAACUCAAAGAGCACAGGAACAGAGGUCAAAAAGCUGCAGCGAGCGAGGCUUGCCGGCCCAUCAGGGCCAAGAGCAAAGCCCAGGACGCCCGGGUCAAGAAGCGGGCAGGAUACUGUGAAUGCUGCCUUGUGAAAUAUGACAACGUGAGAGCGCAUCUGAAUGGCGAGCAGCACAGGGCCUUUUCAAAGAGCGGCGAGUACCAUGUGGUGGACCGAGCCAUCUCGGAACUCUCCUGCUGUUUCUCUGAAAUUCGACAGCGGCUGAAAAGGCCGAAAUGCUCUUUAUCGUCUGUCGUGCAUGCCUCUGGGACCAGGAGAAAGUCUGUGGAAAGGAGGGAGUCGUGCGUUAAGUUGGACCACAGCGUGGAAGACCGAACGGGGGCGUCCGCUAUUAGCACCCCUGCAGCAGAGUCCACCACUCCCUGCAGUGCAGCUGGUACUGCGGCUUUCAGACCGAGGAAGCGUAGCAUGGUCCUCCGCUCGAGCAGCCAAGGAUCCGAGGCACCAGACAUGUCACCCAAACCCCAGAAACCGCACAGGUCUGUGGCUUCCAAAAGGGUGGAUGACCAUGAGUGCCAUCCGAUGGGGCUGGACACACAAGGCAUAAGGUCUGCGCCUAAUCCUGGAAAACAGUCUGACGCCAAAUCCCCAGAAACGAACCAGGCGCUGACCGAUGGGGUGCUGGUGAACAAAAGAACUUGUGAAGACAGCCGGUUGUUGCCAAACCUCGAUGAGGAUUUUCAGUGUUCUCUUCCACCCAAAUACCCCAAAACUACCUCAAGCCAAACUGAUGGCUCCACAACUUUGGCGAACCUGACCCAGGAACCGUUAAUUGAAUGUGAGCAGAAUCCAUGUCCAUUGAGAGAGACUUCACAAGGAAAGGCCGUGGACGACGCAGGCCACCAUCCCAGCAGAACAGAAAGCCCCCCAGGCCGGAGAUUACAAAGGAAAGUCAGGAAUUUCAGAAGAUGGAGGAAAGUUGGAAAAACCCCUAAGCACACCUGUAAAGAAGAGGACCCUUGCAGUUGUACCCUGCAGGAUCUGUGGAAGCUGUUCCAGUCAAGCGAAGACAUGGAUGGUGAAUUCAAGGGCUUUGCUGUCUGAAGACUGGCUUUCGUUUGAAAUUUCAAAAUGGCGUGCCUUACGCAUGCCACUUUCCUUCCCCUUUUUAUUUUUAACAGCGCAGCUACUCAAUUAUGUGAAUUCCUUUGCAUAUUCUUUUCAUACUUUGUAAUACAGUUACGAAAAUACCACUGGAGCCAAACUGAAGUUGGCUUGAGUAAUUUUUCUCCUGUUUUAAUUCAUCUUAAAAUGUGCUUGACAGACCUAAUAACAAAUUGCUGAAGUAGGAAACUAAUUUUGCCAAUACCAACCACAGCUCUCCAUGUCUGAGGCUUACAUCAGGCAUACUUUUUCUAAGGAAAAUAUUGAACCGCUUUUGGUUAACUAAAGUCGUGGUGUCAUACACCAAAUUCUAUUUAAAUCAUACAAUUUUUCACUGCAUCUUAAUGCAUUGUGAUGUCUACAUAUUGUAUGCCAACUGAUCUUCAAUGUAAAUAUAUUUGAGAAUUUACAGAAUGUAACUUAAUUUACCAAAUAAAAUUUUUUAAGCAAGUUUA